CCCGCAUAUUGUCCUCUCCGUGGUCCGCGUACAACAAUGUUGAAAGUGAAAACUCUCAGGUCUUAUAAAUAUAUACAAAUUAGUAGCUGCACGUUGCUUCAGUUCAGUCCAGAGUCGUGCUGCCGUCGCAAGUAUGGUGAUACAUCAACAGAGCUGGUUCUGUAUUUGUGUCUGUAUAGCUGCUACACAAGCCGCCCUGACCGAUGUGUACAGCCAACUUCCCGGAGGUGUCCUGCCCAAUCCGGUCAAGUACUUCAAGCCGAGUCCUGAGGACCGAGUGGCGAUGGAGAGCCAAGUCCAGGAUAACUUUGUGGCCUCUGGUAACAGCGAGAGAGCUCAGCAGCCGCGCCUCGGGUUCCCUCUGUACACCGGCACCUCCGGCAGUGGCUACUCUACAACAAGCCCGGGCGUGUACAGUCCCAUCAAGUUGGACUUGGGUGGCGUACUUCUGGGAACAGUACUGGGCCUGGGAGUAGUUCUGCUGGUACCCAAACUCCUUCACAUAUUCUCCUACUCGGGCAGUCCAUACAGUCACUACGGCAGAAAUGAUGACGUCACGUCUGGUCUGACGGAAAUGAUCUCUCGAGUGGACAAUGCCUUAGCCGAACAUAACAUCAAUUCCACCGUGUGUCUAGAACGGGUCCUAUGCUCCUUCAUGCAGCCCUCCUCAGGCUCUUCCUCCUCCAACAUAUUCUCUUCUGCUACCAGGAACCCGCUGAUAAGUUUUCUGCUGGAGGGAUCUCGUCUGGAGAAGGCGGUGAAAAUUGGCAACAGUGGACAUAAUUGUGCCGAGGUAUUCUCUCAGUGUCCUUUUGACCAGGACAGCGUCGCAUCAGCUUUCAAGUCCAUCACAUCUUCUCUGCAGACAUAACACAACCAAUAUGCUCUACGUUUACAUACGAAUAAAGUAAAGAGCAAAGAAAUUAAAGUUUCAAAAAGUACAAUUUGAUGUAAUAGAAACAAAAGAAACGUUAUGCUAAAAUGUAUUGUUCCAUUGUAGAAGGUUGAAGAAUUUUCUUAAAAAAGGUUUUCUUUAAAUCUGCACUAAAUGUUCUUUAAAACAUAAAACUAGUUCUGUUCGUUAUGGAGAGAUCUUAUGGAGAGUAAAUUUAUCUUUCUUGUUCAUCUUCCUCAAAGAUUUGAGUUCAGCAUAGCGUUAUUGUAAGUUAAGAUGAUCUCUUUUAAUGCACACAAGUUAUUUGCAAUUAUUAUCUCCUUUUUACGUAAACUUAAGAAAAGUGGCUUGUAAAAUUAAAUAAACGUUUUCUAAACUGG